UGAAGUGUGUAAAUUACGUUUUAUUGUGAAAAGUACAAUGUUGACAGAUGAGUGAAAAUUAUUGAAGAUGAAAAGGGAUUUUCAUAUAAAACUCUUUGUUGAUCUUUCUGUAUAGCAAAACUAUGUAGCCUAGUGAAUUUAUAAAACAAAAAUUGACACUAAAAGAUGAAUAUGUGAGUUUUAUGCGUGAAAAACGAGAACACCAUUUAUAUUGAAGUGUAAGAUGGAUAUUUCGCUUCUCAUAUCCCUAUCUAUAACAAGAAGGUGGGUUAGAGUGAGGUUGGACAUAAUAUUAGAAUAUCAUCAUCGAGAACUAUCGAGCUCAUGAAAACGAACAUGGAUAAGAGUAUAAAGAAGAAGAACCACUCUAAUGGGAAAUACAAGAAGAAUGGUAAAGAGAACUACAGGAUUGACGAUGACGUCAUCACGACGUGUUGCCUCUGCGUUAAAACUAAGAAGAGUAAAAAGAAGAGCUUCAUAGCUGGCUGUGUGACCAACCUUGGUAUCUUCACUUUGCUCCUGGCUUAUACAUUGGUUGGGGCUUUCAUCUUCCUAGCUAUUGAAGGUGGUGCGGCCAAGAUACAUCAGAAAACUCUUGCUACAACUUCAUACCAGGCUUCUGAAAGCCAAAAAACAGUUCCUCUGUCAAAAUUAAAUGGGACUAUAAGUCAAGCCAGUGCCGAACUGAGGUCACAGACGGUGGAAAGCAUUUGGGAGAUCACAGUGUCUUUGAACAUUUUGUAUAAGGAGAACUGGACUAGGUUGGCAGCUCAGGAGAUUGCCAGGUUCCAAGAGAAGUUGGUGGCAAGGGUAGCCGCUGAUGUUUCCGCACAAUAUGGUGGUGCAAGGGCCUUGGAGUCAGCUCCUGCGUUGGUCGUUGAUGACUACGAGUGGAACUUUGCGAAAGCAUUCCUGUAUUCUCUGACUGUUCUCACUACUAUCGGUUACGGGAGCGUUGCACCUAGGACAGCACUAGGAAAAGCGGUCACCAUAGGGUAUGCAGUUAUAGGUAUACCUCUAACACUUUUAUACCUGUCUGUGGUAGGAGCAUUGCUAUCACGACUAGCCAGGAGCGUCUUCAGCAGAGCACUAUGUUGCUGUCUCUGCACAAAAUGCGGCUACUGUUGCCUCGACGAGAGGACAAUGACUAGCAAAGAAAGAAAGGAAAAAGUUAGAAGACAAGAUGAUUUCAGACAUCAGACCUUGCAUCUACAGGAACCUUAUUACGUCAGAUCUCCAUCUGGGACCAUUAUAUCUGCGUCACAAGCACACAGCGUCAGCACAAACUCAAUCAAAGACAAAACUCAAGGACUAAGCUUUCUAAGAGAUUGUGACUCCAUGAGUUGCACCGAUACAGACUCCAAAGUAUCCUUACGAGGAUUUUCAAUCUUAGCUCCUAUUGCGUUAUGCUUAGCGGCAAUUUUUACUUACAUCUUCUUUGGAGCUCUGGUUCUUUAUCAGUUAGAAGGAUGGAGUCCUAUCGAUGGAGUUUAUUUCUGCUUUAUGAGUCUCAGCACGAUUGGUUUCGGACACUUAGCUCCUGGUGCGACACAGAAGAACGGUGCAUCAUCAGGUACCGUGUGGUUUUGCUCAAUUUAUAUCAUGACUGGCCUAGCACUCACUGCAAUGUGUUUCAAUGUUCUACACGACGAGAUUGUUCAUCGGUUGAGGCACCAUGAAAAGGUUUUGAAAGCGAACAAUCAGAAGGUUUUAACAUCAGAAUUCCUUCAUAGAUCUUGACGAGACGAAAGCGGGAACUUGACUGAUGACACAGUGAUGCAUUCAGAUGGAGAAUCACUGCCUGAAGUCCUGCACCACGUCUCAAAUGCUCGGUUCGAAGGAGGAGCAAUAAGGCGAACAGUGUAUACCUUGAAAGAAGUUAAAGAGCCGGAGAGAGUGACUCCUAUGUGAGACUAAGUGGGCACCUGAUUACGUUCCCGAUUUUAUAGCACAUGAUAAUUUUAAUGCCAUUGUAGUAUCCAGGAUUUGAUACAGUCUUAACGAAGAGUUAAGUAAAGAAAUGACUGAACUUAUGCGUUAAUUAUUUUUAUUAGUUUAGAUUUGAUGAUUAGGGAUUUAAUAGGAUCGUAUACCUUGUGUUUUAUAAUAAUUAUUGUAAGAGUAAUUACUGAAAUGUAAAACUAGAAGUAAAGUUAUAAGGAUAUAAAGUUUUUUGUACGUAGAUUAUUUAUUAUACAUUAGGAACUUUGAGUGGUUUGAUGAUAUUGUUGUACGGAUAGAGAUACGGUCAUAUGCCAAAUUAUACUUUACUAUAUGUAUGUUAAUGAUAGUUUAUAUCUAAUGCGUAUCAUAUAAAACUAAAUUAUAUGAGACAGUUGUGAAACGACUGUUCAACUGUUUGUUGAGGCUGCCUUGAGGUGAGCUGUUGUUUAGUUUUUAGGCUUUCUCUCAACUUGGUUGGGUAGGCAGAUAGUGUGAACUAAAUUCAAAAUAAUGUUUAAGUUAAAAACUGCCACGUCAUUAUCAUCAUCAACAACCUAUAAGUGGCCACUGCUGACCAAAAGCCUCUUCUCACACGGAAAAGGUUUGAGCAUUGAUCACUACGUUUGCUCGACGCGAGUUAGUGUUUUAAAACCAAUAAUUAAAAAUUAUAAGCCCAGGUUUGCUAAGCACUGGACAUUAUUA